AUGGCCGGCACUGAGGGCAAAAGCAACCUCUCCUUCAUCCUCAACAAGCCCCACGACGUUGAGUUCGCCGAGCGCCCCAUCCCCAAGCUGUCCGACCCCCACGAAGUCCUUGUCGCCGUUAACUACACUGGUAUCUGCGGCUCCGAUGUCCACUACUGGGAGCAUGGCGCCAUCGGCCACUUCGUCGUCAAGGACCCCAUGGUUCUCGGCCACGAGUCCGCCGGCACCGUCAUCCAGGUCGGCGAGAACGUGAAGAACCUCGUAGUUGGCGACCGCAUCGCCCUCGAGCCCGGCUACCCCUGCCGUCGAUGCGGCGACUGCCUUGCCGGUCACUAUAACCUGUGCCCUGACAUGCGCUUCGCCGCGACUCCCCCCUACGACGGCACCCUGGCCGGUUUCUGGACUGCGCCCUCCGACUUCUGCUACAAGCUUCCCGAUAACGUCUCGCUGCAAGAGGGAGCUCUGAUUGAGCCGUUGGCCGUUGCCGUUCACAUCACCAAGCAGGCCCAGAUCACCCCCGGCGCCUCCGUUGUCGUCAUGGGCGCCGGCCCUGUUGGUCUGCUCUGCGCCGCCGUCGCGAGGUCGUUCGGUGCCACCAAGGUCGUCAGCGUCGACAUCGUCCAAUCCAAGCUUGACUUCGCCAAGGACCUCGCCUCUACUCACACCUACCUCUCCCAGCGCAUUUCCGCCGAGGAGAAUGCCAAGGCUCUCAUCAAGCAGUGCGACCUCGGCGCGGGAGCUGACUGUGUUAUCGACGCCAGCGGUGCCGAGCCCUCUAUCCAGACCAGCUUGCACGUUGUCAGGAUGGGCGGCACCUACGUCCAGGGCGGUAUGGGCAAGUCCGACAUCAAUUUUCCCAUCAUGGCUCUCUGCUUGAAGGAGGUUACUGCUCGCGGCAGCUUCCGCUACGGCCCUGGUGACUACAAGCUCGCCAUUGACCUCGUUGCCAACGGCAGCGUAAACGUCAAGAAGCUCAUUUCCGGCAUUGUCGAGUUCAAGCAGGCAGAGGAGGCCUUCAAGAAGGUCAAGGAGGGUCAAGUGAUCAAGAUCCUCAUCGCCGGCCCCAACGAGAAGGUCGAUGGGACUUUCAGCACCGAGGUGGACCCCAAGAAGGCAGCCGAGAACGGCAACCAGGGUGGGUGCUGCUGA